AUGUCGACAGUUCUUAUCGAAUACUUGCGUAAAUAUUUUACAAAUGGAGAAACCCCUAAUGUCGUACAGACCAAGAACAUUACGAUUAACAAGUAUGCCACUUCUGAAAUUGGAUGUAAUUCUUCAGAUUUGAUGGAACUCAGAGCCAAAAGGCGUCAACAGCAAAUAAAACUUGCACAUGAACAAAAUUUAACACAGGAAAAUAUUGAAGAUAGUGAGCGUGAGCAAAGAGCAAAUAUGUUAAUCAAAGAUUUAUUUGGAAAGUAA